AUGUCAGAGAUCAGGGAUCAUAUGACCACAAAAGGAAAAAUGCUUGGUUUGACAACUAAGUUUCUAAUGAACAAAGCUCAGUAUUUUGCUAGAAUGAGGAGUGUGGAUGCUUUUGAGGAUGUUUUUGCUCUACUUAUCUAUGGAUUGUUCCUCUUUCCUAUUUUUGAUGACUUCGUUGCCAUGGAUGCCAUCAAGAUCUUAUUAAUAGGAAAUCCAGUUUCUACUUUGCUUGCUGAUGCCUAUCAUUCUGUUCAUAUGAGGAAUUCUUACAGCGGAGGAAUGAUUACAUGUUGUGUGCCUAUAUUGUACAAGUGGUUUAUUUCUCACUUGCCCAGGUCUCAUUCUUUUUGGGAUCUUAAGGAUGGUCUUUUAUGGUCACAUAAGAUUAUGUCGCUCACACAUUCAGAUAUUAUUUGGUAUAGUCGUGACUAUGAUGGAGUUAGUAUCAUUGAUAGUUGUGGAGGAUUUUCUAAUGUACCUCUCCUUGGUACAAAAGGAGGCAUCAGUUACAACCCAAUCCUAGCUCGACGUCAACUCGGUUAUCCAAUGAGAGAUAAGCUAAAGAAUAUUCACUUGGAGGGUUUGUUCUUUAAGGAAUGUGAAGAUUGCAAAGCGCUCAACGCUUGGCGCCAUGUUCAUAAGCUAGAAAAGAAAGUCUUAGGGAAGACAAAUUGUGUCUCCUUAGAACCUUAUCUUAAAUGGGUGCAAGAUAGGGCCAUCAUCUUGGAAAUGCCUUAUCCUCGCCAAGAGCCUUUUCCUUUAGCUGACAAAGAACCUACCUAUAUCUUCAUGACUGAUGCAAAGAAGUUGAAGAUUGCUUUGACCAAAACGCAUCGAGAAAGGGACGCUUGGAAGAACAAGUAUCAAAUCAUCAACAAUGAGGAUGAAGAACUUCAAAGGCAAUUGAAGAUGAAGAAUAAAGGAAAGCUCUCCAACAAGAAGAGGAGGGUGCAAGAGUAUUUAUUUUCCUAUGGCGUUCAGUCAAAUACUCCUUGGAAGUUGAUCGUGGACAAGCUUGUGCUCGAGAAGGCUGAGAUGGAAGAACAAAUUAAGAAGCUCAACUUGAGGCUACUAUGGGAAUCUCCUUAG